UUCUACCAAGUUCAAUCUCCCUCCUGCCAACUUAAUCAUGGAUACCAACCGCAACCUCUAUCACGCUACCUGUGCGAUGGUCUUCGCUUACCAACAUAUAUUCCUUCCAAUACGCAACGCAAUCACUACUUCGGUCCAGCACUCGAAGCCGUAAUGUACACAGUAACACCGCCAGCUAAUGAUCUCUCCCGCCCUAGGCUCAAGCAACUUGCCACGUGGAUUCGCGACGACCUCGACCUGCUCGUCGCCCGUGAGGGACCUGACGUUCUACGACCUGACGACGUCUUGAUCCUGCACGAAGCCUUCUUAGCUCUUCGACAAGCACACAACAUUACAUCUUCGGACCUACGAGCAACAGGAAUCUACAGGGCGGUGAAGGACAUCGCUGGUGUUGCUACUCGGUGGCCCGGACGAUUGUGCGAUGACUGCGACAAAAUUAUCGCUAUCUGGACCGCCAAGUUUGGCCCGCUCAACGACCUCCACCCUUUUCUAUACGGAAGAGGAGGCAGACUCGAGGGUAUUGCUAGUACCACUGAGUACUCCAAGGAGGCCCUCCUCAAGCGGUGGGCCAAAACCUGUCCCGCAAAACUGCAUCCCAAAUUAUCGCACAGACAUGGCAACUUGGGCUUUCGAGCUGGAGCAUGGUGGCUGAAUUCCCUCUUUGCACACCAUGCCGGCGUUGUCGGGAUCGAGUCAAUCGAAGGUGGCAUUACCUUCGACAAGCAUGGCGCAUACGCCUUAGUCCUCCAGGGGACAGGAGAAGUCGGAGCCAGCUCAGAAGAACGAUUUACAUACCGAUGCCCACUGAACGACAAGGGCAAAUUUCGGCUUACCGCUGCAUCAGCACAGAGCAGGGAGCCCAUUCGCAUACUUCGCAGCCAUAGUACCAAUAGCGCGUGGGGACCAAAGGCUGGAAUCAGAUAUGAGGGCCUGUUUAGCGUCAAGGGCUGGUCCAUCCGGACCGCUAAAACUAAAGACACUGUUUUAGGAGAAUGGAAAGAAGGCGAUAUAGUUUUUGAGAUCAGGUUCGAGCGGUGCGACCUUGUUCCCAUGGGAGAAGUCACCAUGCACCCGACAGCCAACGAGGUGGACGACUACACGGAGUACAAGCGACUCCGCAAAGUGCACCGCGAAGACAAGCACAAGGAUACGACUUCAUCAUCGAUCAAGAGCCCCCAAACUGCGGUCAAAACUGCACCUACUAUUCUACCGCCACAACCUACAUCACCACCAAGUGCAACGCCAAAACGUAAAUCAAUGUUCAGGCGGCCCAACUUCGAUGAAGAGUCACACGUACACUUUGCGCUGGAUCAGGACGUUAUCUCCCCUAUGACCAUCCCAAACGUGGAGGAACUUGGGUUUGGAAAGGGGAAGGGCACACUCGCGGUCCCCGCGCAGCACAGAAGACCUACCCUCAAUAGGACUGGCCCAUCACCUAUGGAUUCACGAAUGCGUAUUAGCCCAGUGAAUUCGAAAGCCAGUAGUAGUGCGCACACAGCAGUCAGUACUCAGUCCAACAUUAGGGACGUCGCGCCUUGGAUCGACUUCGAGGCACAACUCAUGCCACCCUCUCCGAUUAAUCUGCCUCCGGUCAUCCGGGAAGAAAGCAUCUCACCAGCUUUCACCAAUAGCUCCGAUAAGAAGGACAACCCUAUCAGCGCUACACAGCGUAGCCAACAGCGCGUUAGUCCCAUCCCACCCAGUGCUCGGGUUGAGAGCCACAAGAGUGAUGACUUCAAUAACACGACUUCGUACUUCAGCUCGACAGACACAGACAAGAAGGAUAACCAGAAACCGAUUCCCGUGCCAGGCCGAAACCCGACGGCCAAAGUCUUCGACGGCGUGGACGAAGAUGCUGGCGACUACUUUGGCAUCGCGGGUACCACUGCCAGAGCACCAUCGGCCAGCGAGGGACCGAAAACAUCCAAGUUACUGCGCCAUCAGCGCAGUUCUUCCAAUGCCACGAGGCGUAUUCUUCCUUCCGCUCCACUGCGACCCCUUGCGGCCGAGAUUCCCCUGGGUCCAAAUGACACCGCGCCCCUCUUCCCCGCUAUCCCAAUAGCAAAAGUCGACAGCUUAGCGACUUUGAUGCUCCCCAAAGACGAAUCGGGUGACCCGUUUGUAAGUUCACUGUCCACCCACCUACCAGUACCGUUACCCGUCUCCUUGGACACGGUCAUUGCACGGCCUCGAGCAGCAAGUUCCGUGACAAGUACAGCCUUGCCACUAGGGUUUGUACCAGAUGACACAAGGAGGAGGAGACAUGAUUUGGUGGCUGCACAGAACGUGGGGACCAUGGAGGAGCUGCAUGGCAUGGAAAUCAAGGUCGCGUUUAGAGAUCCUUUCAGUAGCUCGCCGCUGCCUCGUCAUACUCUUAGAAGACAGAGCAGUGUGGGUGUUGCUCCAGAUGUCGUUUUGGACUGACUUCACCAAUGCUGGGAGCACAGGAGAAGAUGUGUUGAGGCUGUCCUGUACUGUAAGUCGGGCCAUUCCAAGUCUUAGAAGU